AAAAAAAUUGCCCUAGUGUUGUCAUUAACGUGAUCUUGAAUGAGGACAAGGCUUACUUAUCCUAUAGAAAUAAUUAAUUAUUUAUGUGUAUAAACAAGAUAAUAAUAAAUCUGUGUUAUUAAUUCGUUUGAAAUCGAUUGCUGUAAUGAAAUUGGCCACAUGUAGAUGCAAGCUUCUUGGAUAUUCAAAGCAGAGAUGUUAGGCCUCGACCUCAACUGUAACUUAAUGAGUUAAACCAGGCAGAUGUUAGGGAAAUUGUUUUCCUGGAUUUGUUAUCGAAAGAAGAGGAAAUGAGAAGAAUUAACGAGGAGUUUCUUUGGAAGAUAGCACUGAUAACUGCCGAAGUAGGGUGAUGAAUAAAUACGAAAUAUUAGGCGUUGUUGGAGAAGGAGCUUAUGGCGUUGUUCUUAAAUGCAGACACAAGGAGUCCAAUGAAGUUGUUGCCAUAAAAAAAUUUAAGGAUAGUGAAGAAAAUGAGGAGGUCAAAAGAACCACACUAAGAGAGCUGAAGGUUCUGCGUAUGUUAAAGCAAGAAAACAUUGUUGAGUUAAAGGAAGCAUUUCGAAGAAGAGGAAAACUAUAUCUUGUUUUUGAAUAUGUUGACAAGAAUAUUCUCGAGCUAUUAGAAGAACUACCAAAUGGGGUGCCACAACUCAAGUUAAGGAAUUAUAUUUAUCAACUUAUAAAAGCUGUUCAGUGGUGCCAUUCAAAUGGUGUUAUCCAUAGAGAUAUAAAGCCAGAAAAUCUUCUUAUUAGUAAAAAUGAUAUUUUGAAACUUUGUGAUUUUGGUUUUGCGAGAGCCAUAACUGGUACAGGAACGGGCCAAUACACGGACUAUGUCGCCACCAGGUGGUACAGAGCCCCAGAACUGUUACUCGGAGGUGGCUAUGGUAAAGCUGUCGAUAUCUGGUCAAUAGGCUGUAUUCUCGGUGAACUCAGUGAUGGCCAACCUGUGUUUCCUGGUGAAAGUGAAAUCGAUCAGUUGUAUGUGAUACAAAAAAUCAUCGGACCAUUGCCACCGGAACAAAUUCAUCUGUUUAACUUGAACCCGCGAUUCCGUGGCCUUAAAUUCCCUACGGAAAUAAAACCACUGACCCUCAAACACAAAUACCAACAUAACCUUCCCGCGGAUUUAUUAGAAUUCCUAGAAUCUACAUUGAGGCUAGAAGCCAGAAAGAGGCUGACUAUUGAUCAAUGCUCCAGCCACCGUGCAUUUAAGCAGUUCCAUCAGAAGAAAGAAAACAGUAAUCACGGAGACAGUGACGUAGAAACAGAAGAAUCGUGGAAAGAGAUAAAGCUUGAGGACCCAACCCGAGCUGUGAAGGACGAGGUUAAAGAAAGUACCAUGAAAAUUGUGCCUAGGGUGGUAGGGAGUGACAUUCAGGAGAAAGCGUCAAAAGAAAGGCGCGAUGUUCAGGUUGGAAAGCGAGAAGAUGUACAAGCUGUCCCAAAUGGAAAUUAUCGAUCUCAAACGAGCGAAGAAAAACAAACUAUUAACAGAAAGCAAAGCAAAUUAGAAGACAAAACUACUCGUGAAGAUACUGGCGAAACGUCAUCAAAGCCUCAGUCAACCAUUCAAUAUUCGGAGGCAAAAAUGACCAGGGACUCGAAUUAUAACAAAACAAUAGAGAGCCGGCAAGUUAAGGAUCUUUCUCAAAAUAAAACAAUUAGCUCUAAAAAGAUAUCGAAUAAUAAUGACUUUAAGCUAGAUAUGAGUGCAUUGACGAAACAAUUUGGAAAGUUUAACAAGCCGAAUCUUAGUCAUGCUACCUCAAAUACUAUGAUCAGUGCUAGUAAAAUGAACUGGUCCAUUCAAUCAGGAACCGGGUAUUCAAAUGCUGGACACCGGACAUUGCAGCCAAAGAGCUCAUACGGGCAAUACCAUGUCCAGAAUCAGGCUACAGAUCACAAAUCAAGAGAUACGACUCGGACAUCAAACGGACAAUCUUCUGAGGGCCACGAUGAGUAUUCCAAAACCAGUACCUUCGAACCUUCAUAUCAAUAUGGUUUCUCUUCAGAUUCAAGAGAUUUGAAAGACAUUGGAUCACGCAAUCACACAAAAGGAGAAAGAAAGAAGAAGAAAAAGCGCCAGAAAAGCAACACGUAUCCGGAAAUGCAGGGGGCAGAAACAAAUCAUCUUGAUUGCAAAACGCCCAUCGCCGAUCACAGCAGUGAUCAGAGAUAUCAAGACGUCUCUUCAACUGCAGAUCAGGGGAAAGACCAAAGAUACCAGAAGCUCAAUCCUUUGGCUCCUUAUGUGGACCAUCGACAAACUAAUGACAAGGUUGCUUCGGAGCCCUUUAGUUUUCAUCGUCCUUCACUGAUUGACGUCAAACUACAACCUGUCAACCUUAAAAUAGCAAACAAGCAAAGCAAACCCCAACCAACCAAGCAAAGCAACAUGACAGCCCCCAGUGAAUUCCGGCUUCACCCUACCCAGUCUGUCUUGAUGUCGUCACAGCAACCUUCCGAUGUUGUGCGCGCGUAUGAGUCGCAGUCCGUAUUACAUGCCCCAGAAAAACUUCAGCCGGUUCUACGCGGGCCUUCUCGAAAAUCCGGACCGCAUUCUUUCGAUGUAUCAGCGAAGUCAGAACAAAGACUUGUUCGCUUAUCUCCUGAGCAACUGCGACCUAUGCACAUGGCUAAAGGUGGUACGCUUGGUGAGGUAGAAAAAGACAAAAUUAAGAAAGUUUUUAGUCACGAUUCUAGCAAAGAAACGUUCUUGUAGAUUCCAUUUGGUCUCUGGUCAGCCAUUUGUUUAGGAAACCUCGAGACGAAUUCUUGAAAUAAUGAAAGGUUAACUUUAAGCCUCCAAAAGUGAGUUUUUCGAACUUUCUAUGAAAUAAAAAAUUCAAUUGAAAAGUUUUGGCAUGCUCACUCCAAAGGUUCCUCUCAACCAUCAACCAUCAACUGCUUGCUUAACCAGUCUCCUUAUUGAAAGAGAUCCUUAGAAUUAUAGCAUAUGUUCGCAGAUAGAAAUUCGGUUGUGUUCUCUUGUACUUGAAACCCAGUAACCAAAACAUUUGAACGUUUUAUCUUCGGUUAAAUAUUAUAAUUCUAAACCUGAAAUUAAACGGCUUAUUGUUAUUUCAAUGUUCAUGUGUACAUUCAAGUUAUCUUUGUAACAUAUUCACUUCCACCCGCAUUUAUAGCAAGGACUCGUAUUCACUGACAUUUAACGUGUAAAUUAUUCGCUUUAGGUAUGGUUGUUUGAUAAUUAGGUAUAAACAAUUUGAUGAAUUUUUAAACAGUUGUUAAUUGUUUGGUCUCGUUAACUGUGCAGUGUAUGCUAGUUUUGUUUGUUGAAUUUAUUGUCUUAGUGAUAUUUUCAGAGUAGCGAUCACCUAUACAGCAAUAGCUUCACCCCUUUGUGUGUGUCAAGGCUAAUUUAUUUUGUCUCGUAUUCGCUCCGUGCUGGCAUAUGCUCUAGCUCUAAUGCAAAUACAACUUCUGCAUUGAAUAGGGUUUGGUUUUGCAGUUUUAAUUAUUGCAUUGCAGUUACAGUGCUUGUGGGUGUUGAAAGUGAUCCUUCCAAUUUGAAUUGAAAGAGUUAACAAAGUCUUUUGCAGAUCAUCAACACUGAUCUUGUCCAACUUCUCCAAACAUCUUUUCUGAUUAAUACCCAGCUAAUUUUCUGCGAUCCUAGAUUGAUCCGACGUAUACGGUUAAAACCCAUCUCCAUUACAUUUCACUCACAUACCUCUCCACCCGGUUUUUUCGCAUGAACUAUAAACAGUUAUCAAAUAUUGUUCUGUUGUUGUUAGUUUUAAAUGUAUUAUUCUGUGAAUGAAACUAAUAUUUUUUUAUCCUUUUGAUGGUAUUUAAAAGUUCAAGUGUGAGUACCAUUAGAAUGCAGCCGUUAAUGACAUAAGGAUGCUACCUGAA